UCUAUAACCUCCUGAUAAAGAACGUACGCUUGGACACUACAGUGCUUGAUUGCUCUGCCUUCGCUUCAGUUCAGUUAUUUACAAUGCUUCUCACCAAGGCCCAAUCAGUUCUCCGUGUUAAACAAUGUCAGGCGUUCAGUACAUCAGCUCUACGGAGCCAGGUUCCGGAGAAAGAACCUGUGGACGGAUCUGAACCUAUCCGUCCUGCUCCUGCUCAGAUGGGUAAAAUGACGGAUAUUGGAAGCCGGAAACUGUUCAGCACUGACCAGGAUAUGUUCCGUGAGUCUGUAAGGAAGUUUAUGAGGGAGGAACUCCAACCCCAGCAGGAGAGCUUUGAAGACGCUGGACAACCAACCAGGGAAUCCUGGCAGGCCAUGGGGAGACAAGGUUUACUCGGAGUAAACAUUUCUGCGGAUAUUGGAGGGAUCGGAGGAUCUUUUAUUGAUGAGAUGAUCGUUGCAGAGGAGCAGUCCUAUGCAUUUGUAUCCGCUCCAGCUAUGGCCCUUCACUCGACCAUAGUUAUGCCAUACAUAGCUCACUACGGAACCAAGGAACAGCAGGAUCGUUAUAUCCCAGCUAUGACUGCUGGAGAUUGUAUAGGAUCUAUAGGAAUGACGGAACCUGAUGCAGGUUCUGAUCUCCAGGGUAUUAGAACCAAUGCUAAGAAAGACGGAUCAGAUUGGAUAAUAAAUGGGAGUAAGAUCUAUAUUACUAAUGGUUGGCUCACAGAUUUAUGCGUAGUUGUUGCUAAAACUAAGAUGGAUGCUAAGAGAGCUGCGCAUGGAGUUUCUUUAUUCCUAGUAGAUGCUGACACACCUGGAUUUCACAAGGGUAGAAAACUCAAGAAACUUGGACUUAAGGGUCAGGAUACAGCUGAACUAUUCUUUGAGGAUGUUCGUGUUCCAGCAAGUGCUCUGCUAGGUAAGGAGAACACUGGGUUCUAUCAGCUCAUGGAGCAGCUACCCCAGGAGCGUCUCCUCAUUGCCGUCCACUCCAUCGCUACCUCCGAGGCAGUGUUUGAGGAGACAAGAACCUGGGUGAAGCAUAGAAAAGCGUUUGGUCGUCAUGUAUCUGAUCUUCAAACUGUUCAACAUAAACUAGCAGAACUCAAGACCUCUAUAGCAGUGUGUAGAGCAUUUAUAGAUCAAUGUAUGGAGUUACAUGAACAUAAGAAACUAUGUGGAGAGAUGGCUAGUAUGGCUAAAUACUGGGCAACUGAUCUUGAGAACAAGGUUGCUGGGGAUUGUCUUCAGCUUCAUGGAGGAUGGGGAUUCAUGUGGGAGACUAAUAUUGCCAAGGCCUAUGCUAGCUCCAGGGUUCAGACAAUCUACGGUGGAACUAAUGAAAUAAUGAAGGAGCUUAUUGCUAGGAACAUAACAAAGCAAUAAGCUGAAAAUUUUGUUUUUAUUUAAUCCUUAUCUUACAACCUUGUUUUUAUUAACAACUAUAUAUGUUAUCUUAUAGAAUACAAGUUUCUUUGUUAAAUCGAAGAUUUUCAAAUUUCUUAAGAAUAUAAAUGUACUUUAUGGAACCAAUAUAUUUUUUUUGUCAAA